CUUUGAAGUGUGCCGUGGAGCUCCGCAUACCGGACAUCAUACACUCCCAUGGCCGCCCAAUGACCCUGACCCAAAUCGCCAUUGAAAUUGGUUCUACUUCUCCCUCACUGAACAUCAACUGCCUGGCUCGCAUCAUGAGAUUCUUGGUCCACAAACAAGUGUUCGACGAAAUGUCUCAAUCCAAUAAUGGAGAGUCUUUGUACAGUUUGAACCAGUCCUCAAAGUGGCUGUUACAGGACGCCGAGCAGAGCUUGGUCCCCUUGGUGUUCAUGCGCAACCACCCGUUUAUUACGUCUCCCUUCCAGUGCCUUAGCCAGUGCGUGAAAGAGGGCGGCACUGCUUUCCAGAAGACCCAUGGCCGAGAGAUGUUUGAGUUUGCUUCUGUAAAUCCUGAGUUUAAUUUGCUGUUCAACCAAGGCAUGGCAUGUACAGCGAAGAUCACAACGAAGGCAAUGAUUUCAGAGUAUGGAGGAAGUUUUGAUUCGAUUGGAUCUCUGGUUGAUGUUGGGGGUGGGACUGGAGCUGCGGUAGCUGAGAUUGUGAAAGUGUAUCCACAUAUCGAAGGAAAAAACUUUGAUUUGCCCCAUGUAGUUGCUACAGCACCAGUAUAUAGCGGAGUAACCCAUGUUGGGGGUGACAUGUUCAAGGCCAUUCCUCAGGCUGAUGCGAUCUUCAUGAAGUGGAUCAUGCACGACUGGAGUGAUGAAGAUUGUAUCAAGAUACUGAAAAAUUGUCGAGAAGCAAUACCAGAAAAAACUGGAAAGAUUAUAAUUGUGGAGGUAGUUUUGCAGCCGGGCGGUGAUGGUCCAUUUGACAAGGUAGGCCUGAUGCUUGAUCUGGCGAUGCUCACCCACUUUUCAGGGGGGAAAGAGAGGACUGAGGUUGAAUGGAAAAAGAUACUAGAGGAAGGAGGCUUUUCAAGUUACAAGAUCAUCAAAAUCCCAGCACUUCAGUCCAUCAUUGAGGCCUAUCCACUGUGACUUGGUGGCUGUUUAAACGUUUUUCUGUAUGUUUUGACUUGUGAGCUACUAUUUACUAUAGGUUAUAAGGUCACCUGAAU